AUGACUGAUAAUACGGAUGAUUUCACGGAAAAGGCUACUGCAGCAGGUCAGUAUGUUGUUACGGAAGCACCACUAGGGACCCCUCGACGACUUCGUGUUCUUAUGGCGGGGGCUGGAGCUAGUGGUCUGAACUUGGCCAGGCAUAUGGAUCUACAUAUGGAGAAUUUCGAGCUGGCCAUUUAUGAAAAGAAUGCAGACGUUGGGGGAACAUGGUUUGAGAAUCGGUAUCCUGGAUGUGCCUGCGAUAUUCCGUCACACAAUUAUCAAUUCACAUGGGAGCCAAACCCAGAAUGGUCAAAUUACUAUUCUCCCUGGCACGAAAUUCUAGAGUACUUCAAAGGGAUCGCCAGGAAGUAUGACCUUUACAAAUACGUCACACUAGGUCACAAAUUAGAUGCAGCGAGAUGGGAUGAAGAUGCGGGUGUCUGGAAUGUCCAAGUCCACAAUGUGGAGACUGGAGAGACUUUCUAUGAUUGGGGCCACGUCUUGAUCAAUGGCACAGGAAUUCUGAACAACUGGAAGUGGCCAGACAUCCCCGGGAUACAUUCUUUCAAGGGCAAUCGUUUCCAUAGUGCCACAUGGGAUCCCGAUUAUGACCUCGCGGGAAAGAACGUGGCUGUUCUCGGAACCGGAUCUUCUGGCAUCCAGGUUGUCUCAGCUAUCCAGCCAGAUGUGAAAUCUCUGGUCACCUUUGUCCGGUCACCGACGUGGAUUACAGCGGGCUUUGCUCAGAGUCAUGCCGGCCCCGGUGGAUCCAAUUUCACCUUCACAGAAGAACAAAAAGCAAAAUUCCGAGAAGACCCUGAGACAUACAGGAAGUACAGAAAGGAAAUUGAAGGGGAACUCAAUUCCAGAUUCAAAUUUAUUAUUGCCGACAGUGACGAACAACAGGAAGCCAAGGAAUAUUCCAGAAAAGAGAUGACUUCCAAGCUAAAUGACGAAAAGCUACUCAAGCAUCUGAUGCCGGAAGACUUUGCAAUCGGCUGUCGGCGUCCCACCCCAGGCAAUGGUUAUCUCGAGGCUUUGACCAAGGACAAUGUUCGAGUGGUGACCGAAGAAAUCGACCGGGUUGCAUGUGACGGAAUCCAAUUGAAGUCAACCGAGAUUAUCAAAGUCGAUGCCUUAAUUUGCGCUACCGGAUUUGAUCUGUCAUUUUGUCCUCGAUUCGAACUUAUUGGACGGAAUGGUGAAGAUAUUCACGAGAAGUGGAAGGACUUGCCUGAAGCAUACCUGUCUCUGGCAGUGCCAGACUUCCCAAACUACUUCAUGUUUCUUGGGCCGAAUGCCCCAGUUGGUCACGGUUCAGUGCUUCCCAUCAUUGAACACGCGACAAAGUACAUCAUCAACAUGAUGAAGAAGAUGCAGUUACAGAACAUCAAAGCUGUCGUACCACAGGAGAGUGCCGUGGCCGAUUUCAGCACCCACACGAACGAAUUCAUGAAGCGGACUGCUUGGGCCACCCCUUGCCGUAGCUGGUUCAAGAGGGGCACAAUUGAUGGGCCUGUCGUUGCUCUUCAUCCUGGAAGCAGAAUCCACUGGUUUCAUCUGAUGCAAAACGUGCGCUUUGAGGACUGGGAGUACACAUACUACUCAGAGAAUCGGUUUCAGUAUCUUGGAAAUGGGUUUUCGACGAAAGAGGACCCAGGCAAGGACACCACUUGGUACUUUGACGGUCCAGAGGAGGGAUUCAUGGAUUAUUGA